AUGGAAGACCAUGAGAUGCACCCCUUGAAAGGCGGGAAUGGAACUAUCAGACAGACUGCACCCGAUCAAGUCGCCAAUGUCUCAAUUGCCUAUGGCAACCCGAGUAAGAGUGGUUCCACAGAUCAGGCAAAACCUAAGGUACGUAUCGAGGACCAUCUGAAAGGUGAAACUGACCACAUACAGCGACUUUUCAAUUUCACUCAAAUUUUCUUCUUCUCACUUACUUAUCUGUCGAGCUGGGAAACCCAGGCACUUAACCUGAGCGCCGUCCUCACAAAUGGGGGCCCCGAAGCUCUGGCCUGGGGGAUCGUGAUUGUGGUGUGCGGCGCAAUGGCUCAAUCGGCGUCGCUGGCCGAGAUGGCCUCUAUGCAGCCAAUUGCUGGCGCCCAAUACCACUGGACAAAUUACUUGGCACCAUCUAGUCAGAAGAAAUUUAUCACUUGGAUGCAAGGGUGGAUCACUUGGUUUGCAUGGAUUUCUACCCUAGCUGGCGUGGCCAACACUACUGCGACUAUGAUACAAGGACUUGCAAGCGUGAACUACCCAGACUAUGAGCCAAAGCAAUGGCACCUCACCCUGAUUAUCUUUGGGAUGCUUACCGUUGAGGCGCUGAUGAACAUGUACACCUUUUGGCUCAUUCCUUGGAUUGAGAUGCUGGCAGGAAUCUUGCACAUAUGCCUGCUAAUUGUCUUCCUAUUGGUCUUUGCAUGUCUAGCACCUCGACAUACACCAGAGUUUGUGUUUCUACGGACUCAGAGUAGCUCUGGUUGGAGUACUUUCCCUGCAUGGAACAUUGGGUUAUUAACUCCUGUAUGGGGGUUUGUUGGCUUCGAUGGCGCUGUACAUAUGAGCGAGGAAGUACGACGAGCAAAGCAAGCCGUUCCACGAUCGAUCUUCUACACCGUCGUCACAAAUGGCAUUCUGGCAUACGCGAUGGUGGUCUGUAUGCUAUUCACAAUGGGCUCGAUGGAAGAAGCGCAGAAGUCAGGCUUCCCUAUUAUCGAGAUAUGCCGACAAGCAACCGGAUCUGUCAAAGCCGCAACAGCAAUGGUGAGCGGCCUACUGGUCAUCUCGCUGUCAGUCAAUCUCGCAAGUAUUGCGUCUGUCUCACGAUUGACGUGGGCAUGGGCUCGCGAUGGAGCCUUGCCCCAGUGGUUUGCAUAUAUCGACCGAAAGCACAACGUUCCUAUACGAGCUGUCUGGCUCCCGGUUAUUGUGGUCAUGAUUCUCGCAUGCUUGAACAUCGCAAGCUCGGCGGCAUUCGGGGCCUUUGUUGCCCUUGGGUCCAUUGGCCUUUUUGUUUCUUACUUUAUCGCCAUUGCCUGCAUGGUGCAUAAUCGCUUUCAAGUCAAUACCGCACCUCUGGGAAAUUGGAAUAUGGGGCGCUUGGGUCUUCCAGUCAAUGUCUUUGCCAUGGUGUACACUGCCUGGGUCACCGUAUGGCUAGCAUUCCCAUCUACUUUACCAGUGACUGGUCCUACUAUGAACUAUGCAGCGCCUAUAUUUGGUGCAACUACUUUGUUUGCUCUUGGAUAUUGGUUCGUCAAAGGACGUCUUCGUUGGGAAGGAUUAAACAAAGAAAUCGUUCGGUUGGUGAUCGAAGGCGGAGAGCUUCAGUUGAAAUGA